GAAAGUGGAUUCACAUUUCCGGGAAAGCGCGUGGGUGUUUAUCAUUGGCUUUGAGCAAAUCAAAUAUCACCGCAUCGGCGAAUCCUAACCCUUUUUUCCCCCAUUCUCUCAAUCCGGCUCGGAGCGCAUCGGCGGGAAGCGGAAGUUGCCUGAUCUACAGCUACAGCGGCGACGGAGGUGGCGGUGGCCGGUGGACUUUUUGGAAGAGAAGCAAAGAUGGUCGAAACUCCUACCACCGAUUCAACAGCCACCGCCAACAUUGCUACUGUGAAGCGCUAUGCACCUCCCAACCAAAGGAAUCGCUCCCUUGGAAGGCGCAAAUCUGGAGUAGAUCGACUUGAAAGAGCAAAUAGUUAUGCUAGUGAUGGAGAGAAGAACCAAAAUAACAUACCAAGAAAUAUCACCAGUUUAGAUCAUGGGGAUGCUGGUGGUAGCAAUCGCAUUUAUGAGAAUCGUCGCCCAGGUGGAUCUGUCAUUAACAUAAUACCAUUAAAUGGGUGUUGCAACAGUGAUGUUUAUCAGUUAUUGAAUGAACGCUGGACAACUGCCAUGAAUUUGUAUAAUAAUUUACCUGAAGGUUCACCUGAAAGGCCAGUUAUGUACACCAGAAAUGCGUCAAAUCCCUCACCUUGGAGGCUUCCCCAUCAGAUGUCACAAACAGCUAGUGGGCCUUCUGUCGGGUUGCAAAAAGAUUUCUUAAGUGAACUUUGGCAGGCUAUGCAGAACUCGAAUCCCAGUUCGAAGUAACAAAUAAGUGCUUGAAACUCGAGUUUGACAGCUUCAGAAUCCUUCAUAAUGUGCAAUUAGAUAUUUGUUGUAAUGUACUCAAACCUUGACACCUGUUAUACUUUAAAUAUGUGGGAGAAAAACAAAGCUUGUUUGCAAGUUAAGUUAUCCACUA